GUAGAGGAGAAGUCUUUUUUAAAAUCUCCUUUUGAUACUUUCCUUCUCCUUGUUAUAAUGUUAAAAAUCUACCUUUUUUUAGCUUUCAGUUCUGGGUAAUAGAAUAAGCAAAAAAGAACGUUAUUCGAGUACCUUUUUUCUUCAUCUGUUUUCUGGGCUUUAUUUUUUUGGGGGGUUGAGUUGGCGUUUGGUAAAUUUAACUAUCAGGACUUGUUGAAAGGAGAUGAAAAGCGAGGAUCAAGCAAGGUCUUUGUUUGGGAUUUCCCUUACGGAUAGACCAAAAUGGCAACAGUUUCUUAUUUGUUCAUCUGGGUUCUUUUUUGGCUACCUUGUUAAUGGCGUUUGCGAGGAAUAUGUGUAUAACAGGCUUCGGUUCAGCUAUGGAUGGUAUUUUACUUUUGUACAAGGAUUUGUUUACCUGAUGUUGAUACGGCUUCAAGGCUUUACCAUGAAGCAAAUGGUCAAUCCAUGGAAAACGUAUGUGAAACUCUCUGCUGUUCUCAUGGGUUCUCAUGGAUUAACCAAGGGUUCAUUGGCUUACCUUAACUACCCUGCACAAAUUAUGUUUAAAUCUACAAAGGUACUGCCAGUUAUGAUUAUGGGUGCCUUCAUCCCAGGCCUGAGAAGGAAAUACCCAUUUCAUGAAUACAUCUCUGCCCUUCUUCUUGUGGUUGGUCUCAUCCUUUUCACCUUAGCAGAUGCACAGAUAUCUCCAAAUUUUAGCGUCAUUGGUGUUAUAAUGAUUUCGGGUGCUUUAAUUAUGGAUGCCUUUCUGGGUAAUUUUCAAGAAGCAAUUUUCACCAUGAAUCCGGACACAACACAGGUUAUCCAUAAAUUUUAUGUCAAUUUUCUUCUACAGAUGGAGAUGUUGUUCCGUUCAACAGUAAUUGGGAUUCCUUUCUUACUUGUGCCAAUGAUUCUAACAGGAGAGCUCGUUAGGGCCUGGAAUUCUUGUUCUCAGCAUCCAUAUGUGUAUGGGGUGUUAGUCUUUGAAGCUAUGGCCACAUUCAUCGGUCAAGUGUCUGUUUUAUCCCUCAUUGCUAUUUUUGGUGCUGCUACCACCGCCAUGAUAACAACUGCUAGAAAAGCAGUUACUUUGUUGCUGUCAUACAUGAUAUUUACAAAACCAUUAACUGAACAGCACGGGUCAGGGCUGUUGCUCAUAGCCAUGGGAAUCAUAUUGAAGAUGUUGCCAGAUAGCAAACCGGCACCUAGGAUUCCAAUAUCAAAUGUAAAUGUCAAGUAUCCAGAAACCUCCUCCAAAGAAGUGGACAGCGUAGAACUCGAAGAAGAUGAAGAGAGAAAGCCCCUUGUCUGAAAAAUAAUGUGUAACGUUAAGAUUGCCAUUUUUUCUUUAUCACAUGUUUGCAAAUACAAGUCAGUAAUUUUUAUUUUCUUACUGAACCCACUGCAUUAUAGGUGAGUAGUAACAAAAUAAAAGAAAGGUGGAGUAACUAGCCACU